UGUGUGCGUGUUGAGAGUAUGUGUGUGUGUUUUCCUUUUAUUUUCUGUGUUUCUUUCCUUGUAAAGGAUCAAUUGUCUGGUUUUGGGAAUAUGCUUUUGUGGAGUUGCGGUUUGUAUGUUUGGAUUUCGUAUGUUUAUGUGAAGAUUUAAUCAGUGUGUAGUCGUUGAUCAAAUCCCUCAGUUUGGCAGCAAGAAAAGGUUUGUAGGAUGCAAAAGCCCAUCCAUCAAAGAUUCUGACUGAACCUCUGCUGACUUGUUUCCAACAUUGUAUGACCAUGUGGUUCUCUGGAAAGCAGCUCGAGAUACCUGUCUCAAACUCCAAGAGCAUGGCAACGGAGACAGAAACCACAAAAGGGCGGGACUAUUACCAUCUGAAGCUGUCAGAGCAAGAUUCGUCCUCAACUCUAUCCACAGACCAGUCUCAUCACGAGGGAUCUACUUCGGCUGGAAGUGACGUGCAGAUGAAGAACUUGUCGUUUCAGCCUGUUGGUGGAAAUGCAGAGUAUUUCAGCCAUCAAGUUCAGAUGGAACACAAUCAAUCAUCGGAUUGGGCAUCUUACUCCAUGGCUGCACCUUAUUUUGGCAGGAUAGCAGCUGCAUACGAUCCGAAUUCUGUUAUUUAUCCUCAAAUGGCUGUGGUCGGGCAAGCAAGGGCUGUGCUACCGCUGGAUCACGAUCAAGGCAUCCCCAUGUUUGUCAAUGCAAAGCAAUACCACGCCAUUCUCAGGCGUCGCCAAACCAGAGCUAAACUCGAGGCUCAGAAUAAGAUUGCAAGAACAAGAAAGCCAUAUCUCCAUGAGUCUCGCCACCACCACGCUCUGAGAAGAGCUCGGGGUUCUGGAGGGCGCUUCUUGAACACGAAGAAGUCAAGCCCCACAGCUCAAGAACCCGAGAGCAGCACCAGCUGGGGCACAUCCACCACCUCUGGCUCUGAUGUCUCAUGCAUAUUCAACAACGACGACUUAUUCCAACAACCACGCAUGGGGACACAAUCGCGUACGAUGGAACACAACAACAUGCUUCUGUUAUCCAUGGAUAGUUACACACAAAUCCGCACCACGACGUGAUUGUGCUGCUCUCCUGUGUGGUUAACCGGCAGUUCAUCCUUGGCUAUCUUUUCCCCUGCUGCUUCUUGCAGUGUCUCAUGCUUAGUUUUUGGUAACUUGAACUCAUCUUUGUGUAAGAAUUUGAAAAUAUGUUUUACGUGUUUUUGUUUCA